AUGGUGGCCCCUGGCUUGUCUUUUGAGAUUGUCGUCACUGAUGAAGGCAAGAGAAAAGACUUGAGUGCUAUCUCUUUGAGACCUACUGUUGAAAAGGGGGAAUUGCUCGAUGCUGACAGGGUGUUCGGUGCCAAGAUUGGCUCGCUUUGCUCGAGAUUUCCCGAGUCCUGUGCUGCUAACAUCAAGGCCCUCUUGGGUAAGCUGAUUGACGACUCCACAGUCCAGGAAUACCUCAAACGCCACCAUGGCGUGAGCUUGACUUCCGACAAACUGAGAAACAACAGUGUCAGCAUGCAGUUGGGUGCUGAUGCCAGCAAGUUUGAGUUCCCCGUGGAAGAGCUUAUGGCUAUGACUUUGAACGAAUUGAAGGACAGAGUUCUCAAUGAGUUGGAAAACCACAGACAGGCCAAGAACAUUGCCGAGGAUGUCGCUAUCUCAAUUGCUCCAUACGCCUCCCAGGCCGUUAGAAGAGCCUAUUUGGACGCUCUCCACUUGGCCAACUACUCCUCAGUUUUGGGUCUCGUUGACGAGGGCACCGCCGUGGCUAGAAGCUACAUCGGUAGCAGAAAGCUCAACGAUGAGGAUGUUUAUGGUGAGACUGUUAACCAUAUCAUUUACGACUGUGGUGCCGGUUCCACAACUGCCACAUUGUUCUCCUACACCUAUUACGAAAACCAGACUAUGACCUUAGACAUCCAGAGUGUUGGUCACGAUGAUUCUUUCGGUGGUGAAUUGUUGACUCAAUCUGUUUAUGAGCUUCUUUUUGAACGUUACUUGAAAGAGUUCAAGUUACCCAAGAAGCACACCUUGUCUCCAAAGUUGGCUUCUAGACUUCUUGAAGCGGCCGAAAAGGCCAAGGUUAUUUUGUCUGCCAACAACGAGUACAAGGUCACUUUGGAGAACUUCCCUGACGAGAAGGACUUCUCCACUGUCAUCACCAGAGAUGAGUUCGAAGCAGCCAACGCCGAGAUUAGAAAGAAUAUUGCUGACCCUAUCAAUGAAGCCUUGAAGAACAGUCCAUCUGGACCUAAGUCUGUUGAUGACAUCAAGUCUGUUAUUUUGAACGGUGGCUCGACUAGAGUGCCAUUUGUUCAGAAGGAAUUGGUAAACUUUUUGGGUUCCGAGGACAAGAUUGCCAAGACUGUGAACGCUGAUGAGGCAUGUGCUUUGGGUACUACUUUCAGAGCCUAUGAGUUGAAGAUGAUCAAUUCUAACCCUUACAAUGUCAUACUUACUGACAGAAUUUUCAGUGACUUUGAUGUCUCCAUCGAUGGUGCGCAAGAACCUCUUUUCCCUAGAGGAUCAGCAUCUGGAUCCACUGUUAAGAAGUCUUUGGGACCUGUGAACAAGAAGGCGAAGAAAAUUGGUUUAUAUGAAAACGGCGCUCUCUUCAAGACCUUCUCGAUUGAGAACUCCCUCAGCAAGGCCAAGAACCUUAAGUGCGACAGCCCAGAAGUGUUUGGUACUUUCAAGAUCGAUCAAAACAAGAUUGUUACAUUGUCUGCUCUCACUGUGGAGUGCAAUGAGCCUGAGGUUGAAUCUACUGAAGAGGAGACCGCAACCGCUGUGAAUGCCACUGCUCCCAAGAAGACAAAGACUCCUCCAAAGGUGAAUUUGCCAAUUCCUGACGCUGACUACACAAGUGUGAACCCUCUUCUGAAGAAGCACCGUUCAACCAGUGCAAACAGAUUGGCUCACUUGAAGCAAAAGGACUUCGAUAAGAUUCGUGUGUCGGAGGUCAAGAACUUGGCUGAAAGCGCUUGUUACGAGUUGCGUGCUUACUUGGAGGAACAUGGUGACCAAAUUCGCAGUGAGUUGGGUAUUGAGAAGUUGGAGAAGAUCGAAGGCAUCAUUACCGAGACUCUUGAAUGGUUGGACUACGAAAGUGACCACGCCACGUUGGAUGAACUUCAGCAGAAAUUCCAGAAAAUUUCUACGCAUAAAGCCGAGGUAGAGGACACUGUCAACAUGCUCAAGAGUGACUUGUCUCUUGAGGCUCUUCAGAAGGUACACCAGGAGGGUGUUGAUAUCUCUUCCCUGGUUCAAGCCUACUUAUUGGAGUAUGGAAGCCAGAUUAAUGAGGUCAGAAGCAGAUAUGAGGCUGCUGAUCUUGACUUUGAUGUUGAGAACGACAAGAUCAUGAAAAAGCUUUACGGAAGCGGAACCAGUGAGGGCACCAAAUUGGACAAUCACUACAAGGAGUUUAAGGAAGCCUUGAGAACUCUCUCAAACACCAUUGGAUUAUCAGCAAGUGCCUUCAACAAGAGAAACAAGAAGGAGGUGUUCCAGGAAGCCGAAGGCGUCAGAUCUUUGAUUGUGAAGAUGGUGGAGGACAUUUUGCCACUCCAGCUGAACCAUGAGACAAGAUUGGAGUAUUUGUUGACCAGGCUCAAGACAUUGACGAAGCAGAAGGAACAAAGGGAGGCCAAGGAGAAGGCAAAGGCUGAAAAGUCUGCCCAAGUUGAUGAGAGUGCCGAGACAGAGGAGGUGGAAGCGGACCCUGUGGAGCAGGCCGAUCCCGUCGAACCCUCUGAGCCUGUGGAGGCCAAUGGACCUGAUGACAAUGAGCAGGAGACAGAAGAAGUGCACGACGAGUUGUAA